CAUAGCCAUCGUCUCCGUGGGCGGCAGACUUCUUGAGGUGAUCAACCCGAAUGAUGAAGUUUACCCCAGACUCUGUCACCAUGGGGUUUGGUGGUCUUCAUCUACGGGUUUCUCAGCAGCUUUCUCGCACUCUGCAGGCAAAGGGCAACGCCUUAUCCCCGACAAGUAAUACUGGAACAACUUCAGCUUUUCAGACCUUCGUGAUCCUCUCUUCUGCCCCGACCUCCAUCCGAGACCUACACACCUAUCCCGUCCUCUUCCUCCUUGAUCAUCAUCCCUCUUCCCGCAAGCCCAGCCCCAACAUAGCCUUGCAUUCCCGAUUACAUCGGUUCCGAUAAUGGAUUGUCCUGGAUUUCAUUGCCAUUCUUUUGAAUCCCCAGUCCCUGUGGGAUCGUGGUUGUUAACCCUGUCAAUGAGUCGGUUUGUAAACCUACCUCCAGAGUGAUUCUUGCGCGCAUGACCCUCACUCUUACCUGUCUAUGGACCUGCUGAUCUCCCCUGCUUUACGUGAUGCAUGCGCCCAGAUUUGGGGCAAUGCC